CUGCCGCGCGAGAGGAGUGGCCGGAACUGCUUGAAUAUCCACGUUUCAGUGUCUUUGCUUAUCAAAAGUUUUAAUUCAUCAUGGAUAAUCUGUCACCAGAAGAAAUUCAGCUGAGAGCCCACCAGGUUACUGAUGAGUCUCUGGAAAGUACAAGGAGAAUCCUGGGUUUAGCCAGAGAGCAACUAAACCGCAUAGAAGAAGGCAUGGACCAAAUAAAUAAAGACAUGAGAGAGGCAGAGAAGACUUUAACGGAACUCAACAAGUGCUGUGGCCUUUGUGUCUGUCCAUGUAAUAGGACAAAGAACUUUGAGUCCAGUAAGGCCUACAAGGCAACAUGGGGAGAUGGUGAAGACAACUCUCCUAGCAAUGUAGUAUCUAAGCAGCCAGGCCGAGUGACAAAUGGGCAGCCUCAACAACCAGCCACUGGAGCAGUUAGCGGUGGAUACAUUAAACGUAUAACUAAUGAUGCUAGAGAAGAUGAGAUGGAAGAGAACCUGACUCAAGUGGGCAGUAUCCUAGGAAACCUAAAAAACAUGGCCCUGGAAAUGGGCAAUGAGAUCGAGGCUCAAAAUCGAAAAAUAGACCGGAUCACAGAAAAGGCUGACACCAACAACGAUCGUAUUGAUAUUGCCAAUGCCAGAGCAAAGAAACUCAUUGACAGCUAAAGCUGCUGCUGUACUUCUUUUUCAUGUAUUCACUUCUCUAGCUCCUCCUUCAAAGCCAUUACCUUUUCAGAGUUUGACGUUUUGGUUCCAUGCUCUUCUAAAUCAGGAGAUAAUGUGCAAGAAGGGCCAGGAGUACAGAUCCCCUAUUUUUUUUUAAUGUUCUCUUUCCUUUGAGGGUACACUAUUGCUUGUCUGUCCUUGUAUAUUUUUUUUUCCUUGAUUCAUAGUUUUAGAUUGGUUUUUAUACAUCUUAUAUCGUGUUAUUUUUCAUCCUUCUCAUUUACUUUAGCAGGUUCUUUUGCUUUCAAGAUUUGGAAGCAUUGCCAAAGACAGCCAUGAAGAAGGAAACUGGGGGCAAGGGGAGCAUAAGGAGGAGAGGCAAGAGAUAAGAGGUUGUUACCUCAGUAAAACUUGCAUGCCACAAAGCAAAAAUUGCAUAGCCACAGUAAAGAUCUAGCUGGGUUUAAUUUUUAAUUUAAGCUGCAGUUAUUGCCAGUUUAGGCUAAUCCUUGGUAACGGAGCUUUUAUACACAAUAUUUUUGUUAUACAUCAUAACUUGGUAACCUCUGCUCCAAAAAAAAUAGAAUUUUUUCAAAGUGAGCUUAGUUGCUGAACUUCUGGUGAUUUGUGUAUGUACAUAGUGAUCCCAUUUCAUAUUGCACCUUACAGGAACACUUUGUAUAAAUGAAUGGCUUUUUAUUUUCACGUUAUUAGUAUCAUGGUCCCAUUACAUGCUUGUUAACCUCAUAAAUUUGUCAUUAGUCUUUGAAGAAAAAAAAUAUGUAAAUAUGUAUGUGUAACAUGAGAAUUUCUCUCUAAAGCAGGGCUUAAAUUUUUUUGGAGAAGUUUGACAAAGUAUAUCACGUGAAUUCAGAUUUACCUCAAAGCCAAGAAUUAUGUUUUGUUUUGUUUUGUUUUUUAAGAAUUAUGUUUAGAUAGGCUAAAAGAAACUUGUUUUGAUCUCAGGUAGAAAAAUAGUUAGAUUGCUUUGAAUUUUUUUGUAGCUUUAGACUUUAAAACUAGAAUUUAUUGUUUAACUAAAAAGUGAUUUGGAAAAUUA